AGCUCGUGUGCAGUGACCCCAAACAGGCCAGAGCUGCCAGCGUGUCGGGUAGGUAUUACCAGCGGUGUGUCCCUAGCUAUAGUAAGAACGACUUCCUCACUGUCGCGACCAUGUCGAUCAUCAAGAGCCCCCACCCCGACGUCGCCAUUCCUGAGGACGUGUCGCUUGUAGACCACGUCACCAAAGACUUCGACACGUUCGGGGACCAGGUUGCGCUGGUUGACGGACCCACUGGACGAUCGUACACGUUUGCUCAACUGAAGAAACUAAUCCGUGUGUGCGGCAGCGCCCUCACACGGCUGGGCUUCAAACAGCAUGACGUGUUCGCCAUCUACAGCCCCAACCUGCCGGAGUUUGCCAUCAUUUUCUUCGGAGUCAUCGGGAUUGGAGGCACCGUGACGACGGUCAACCCUCUGUACACGGCAGAUGAGCUCGCACAUCAGCUGGAGAUGUCUGGAGCGUCAUACGUCAUCACCAUCGGCAUGUUCGCCGACAAGGCUAAACAGGCCAAGGACAAAUGCGAGAAAGUCAAGGACGUGUACGUGUUCGGAGAGGCUGAGGGCUGCACGCCGUUCUCCUCCCUCCUGCGGGACGACGGCUCAGCCUUCCCGGCGGACGUGCGGGUCAAUCCGCGGGAGGACGUGGCGGUGUUACCGUACUCCAGCGGCACCACGGGGCUGCCCAAGGGCGUCAUGCUCACACACUACAACCUCAUCGCCAACCUGGAGCAAAUGAGACAAGAUGAAUCUGUAGAAUCAGUCGAGAACCCGUGCCUUCUGGGACUUCUGCCGUUUUUCCACAUCUACGGCAUGUCCGUCAUCCUUGCCGCUUCACUCCAGUUGGGGGCCAAAGUCGUCGUCAUCCCCAAGUUUGACCAGGAGCUUUUCCUGAAGUGCAUCCAAGACCAUAAGGUGACCCACGUGCAUCUGGUCCCUCCCAUCGCCCUGUUUCUGGCCAAACAUCCGAUGGUGGACAAGUACGACUUUUCCCACGUCCAGGAGUUGUUCUGUGGAGCUGCGCCGAUGGGAAAAGAACUCAGCGACGCUGUAAGGAGCCGUCUGAAGGUGCCAUCUAUCAGACAAGGAUUUGGCAUGACGGAGACAAGUCCAGUGACGCACAUGGUGAGGCUGGGAGAAAGUAAACCUGGAUCCGUUGGAGUUCCCCUGGGUCACACAGAAAUGAAGGUGGUGGACAUCGAGUCGGGUAAGCUGCUGGGGGAGGGUGAAGACGGUGAGCUGUGUGUGAGGGGUCCUCAGGUGAUGAAGGGUUAUCUGAACAACCCGGAGGCCACGGCCAACACCAUCAAGGACGGCUGGUUACACACAGGGGAUAUCGGCCACUACGACAGUGAGUACAACUUCUACGUGGUGGACAGGCUGAAAGAGCUGAUCAAGUACAAGGGAUACCAGGUGCCUCCUGCGGAGUUAGAGGCCCUUCUCCUGUCUGAGCCACGCGUUCAGGACGCAGCAGUGAUCGGGGUGCCGGACCUGGAGGCAGGGGAACUGCCGAAAGCUUAUGUCGUCAAGAAGGCAGACUCUGAUGUCACAGAGGAGGAUAUCAAACAAUUCAUCGCGGGGAAAGUGGCUCCUUACAAGAAGCUCCGUUUUGUGGAGUUCACGGACCAGAUCCCCAAGUCUGCCAGCGGGAAGAUCCUGCGGAGGGUGCUGAAGGCGAAGGAGGUCGAGCGGCAGAAGAACGAUUGAGUUCGUCUCUGAAAGAUGAUACUCUACCUUGUAGCUUUUAACAUUCACUCAAUCAUUGUCAGGAAUAAUCAUUUGUAUUCAGAAUUAGGUGCCAUAACGCAUGGUGGAAGAAUUUUUACUGUUUAUAUAUAGUCUCUCGUGUAAGGAGUACGUAGCUACUAUGGGUAAGGGCCGAGUUGAGGCACUCGAUCAAUGAACAGUCCCAUUACAGUCAGUCUAUGCAGUAGUUUAUAAAGGCAUCACGACAUAUAGACCUUGCGUGUCUUACAGAUCAUAUUACUACAAUAUGACACAUGAAAUAUGGUUACCAUAGCAGGCAAUGAUAGAACAAUCGUAUAUUUGUACUUUGAAACAAAACAAAACAAAUAGGUCAUCUGAUAAAUAUUGUUUUGACAUAAACGGUGUCAUAAAGAUUUAGAU